UCAUUUUAUCUGUGCUUUAACAAUUGAUUAACAAAAUGUUUGCGCUGCUCUUUGUGCUUGUUGCAAAUUAUUUCAACUUUUCCGUUACGAAAGCCGGUGGUCCCGAAGUCUGUAUCGAUCAAUUGGGUUGUAUCGAAGGUGUUUAUGCAACAGGCAGUGAGGGUCAAGAAUAUGAAGCCUUUUAUGGCAUACCGUUUGCUAAACCACCGAUCGGUGAAUUGCGAUUUAAGAAUCCCUUACCAGUUGAACCAUGGAACGACAAACGUAUGGCCAAAGAACCACGAACUGAAUGCAUUCAAUAUAACCAAAUUCCACGCAUACCUACGAUUAGUGGUGAAGAGGACUGCCUUUACUUGAAUUUGUAUCGUCCCAAAAAAUGGUCCACUGAGAAACUACCCAUUUUAUUCUACAUACACGGCGGAGGCUUUUUUUCAGGCACUCCAAGUCCCGCAGUGUAUGGUCCUGAAUAUUUUAUGGAAACUAAUGAGGUUAUAUUGGUAUUAGCCGCGUAUCGCUUGGGUCAGUUUGGUUUUCUUAGUACCGGUGAUGAGCAUAUGACUGGUAAUUUUGGACUUAAGGACCAGAACAUCGCGCUUAAAUGGGUACAAAAAUAUAUUGCUGCCUUCAAUGGUGAUCCUUCGCGUGUUACUAUUUUUGGCCAUAGUGCUGGCAGUUUUUCUGUGCAUUUCCACAUGUUAAGCCCGGCUUCAAAAGGUUUGUUUCGCAAUGCUGUAUUAAUGAGCGGCCAUGCAAAUUGCCCUUUCUUACGACAAAUCGACCAAAAGUCUCAGGUCAUUCAAUUAGCUAAGGGUGUUGGAAUUACAAAUGUUAACGAAAUGUCUUCAAGAGAACUAGCUGACGCUCUGCGCAAUGUGCCAGCAACAGACCUGUUAAAGGCAGGUGUUGAUCUCAAAGUAUGGAGUGUGUACCCUUUUGGUACUUUUCGUACCACCAUUGAACAAGAAUCAUGGCCGGAACCUUUCAUAACGGAAGAUAUGUUCAAAUUAAUCGGAAGUCCAAAAAUGCCGAAAACUGUGCCAUGGAUUGGUGGUUAUACCUCGUCAAUUGGUGAAGGCACGGUCUUGGCGCUAAGAUUAUCUACGGAUCCGGAUUUACAAGCUCACUUCAAUAAGAACUUUAAUGAUUUAUUCAAAUUAGUGAUGGAACUGAAUGGCACAACAUAUCUGGAAAGAGUUGAUGAAGUAAUAGAGCGAUUAGUUGUGGAAUAUAUGGGUGGUGUUCGCGAGUUGAAUAAAGACACAAUUGAUGGCUUUCUCGAGCUUUUAGGUGAUUACUUUUUUACUUAUCCACUAUACAAAACUAUUGCCAGCAAUGUUUAUUCUGAUGGUCGAGCAAAUAGCCUUACGGGAAUAAUUAAAUUUGGUUAUCGUGGGCCAAAUACAUUUACUGAGAUUUUUACGGGCAGCUCGAGAAACGUGGGCGCUGUACAUGUUGAUGAUUUGCUAUAUCUAUAUCGCAUGCCGUUCUUAGUGCCAAAUGGAUAUGAAAAAUCAACGCCUGAGAGGGAGUUGGUUAAGAAAUACGUGGAACUACAUGUUGAGUAUGCUAAAACGGGCAUUGUCGAAGCCUUUAAUAAAAUGAGCCCUUGUUCGAAGGAUAAGUUUGACCGACCCGACGGAGCAGCCAUUUGCGAUUAUUUGUCGAUUGUCAAUGAUACGGAAUUAUUUCAGGUUGAAAAUAAGUGGAAUGUGAAACGCAUGAAACUGUGGGAGUACUUAGAUAAAACUCUCUUUGAUAUUUAAAACAACUGUGUUAAAACUACAUUUACAAGAAAAAAAAUAAAAUAGAAAGUAAUUGUGAGCAUUCAAAAAAAUUUA